AAAAUCAAAUAGGCCUGCCAUACGAAUGCACAGAGUUCAAGAGAGAAUAAAUUACAUCACUGACAGAAUCAUUGCAAAUAUUUGUCAAAAUGAAUCUCAUUAUCAUAUGUCAAUUUGACAUUGACGUAAGAUUUUCAUUUUAUAAAUUGAUAAACACAUCCAAAAAAUCCAAUUCGGAGUUUAAAACACGAUGGAUAAUAAUCGUUUACUUGAAAUCGUCGACUAGUAGAGAUAUUAAUGAAAGUUUAAUAUAAUAGGUUAGGCAUUACAGUUUAUAAAAAUGGCGUUGAGUUUACAACCUAAAAAACUAUUGCGUUAUACUCUUAUGAAAACUCGAAGUUAUUGUGAUAAUAAAUCAUCUUAUCAACGAAAUGAAGAAGGAAUACCACCUCGGACUGUACACGGAAAACCUUACCCGGAAUGGCGAAAGCCCUGGAUCCAACGAGACGGCGAAUGGACUUCCAAGUUAUCGCUCUUCAUAGAAAAAAAUCCAAGCAUGAACAUAUUGCACGCAAUGAACAAUAUACCUAAUUUAACUAUAGGAAAAUUAAAAAAUUGGUGGGCCGAUAUGAAGGAAAUUCAAGAGAUACAAAAUCAAAUAUAUUUGCCAGAAAGAAUAGCUUCUUUAGGCGCAAAUUUAGCUGCGAUACACUUUUUCACGCACCGUAACUCAGCUGUUAGAUUAAAAGGCUCAACACCAUGGAUUGUUGGAGAUAUAGCAACAUUAAAUUUACCAAACCGUUAUGUUGAUGGAUAUUUUGUUGAAGCAGUGGAUUGUACAAAUUUCCAUCACAAUGGUAUCAGAUAUGAAGGAUUGAAAAAUUUAUCCGGUCUUAAUUACUUGAAGUGGUUGUCCCUUAAUAAUAAUAAACAUAUAGAUGUAUGGUGCCUUGAUAGAAUCGCUGGCCAAAAUGGAAGAUCAUUAGAAUUUCUUGAUAUAACUGGUCAUCAGCUAAGCUUGGGUUCAAUUAUUGCUUUAUCAAGAAUGUCAGCUCUUAAAUUUCUCAUCAUAUCUGAUCCUGGUGAUAAUGUUCAAGUGCAAACAGCUUUAUCUAUGCUAGAAGAAGAGAAACCAGGUUUAGUAAUAAAAAUAGCUGAUUGAUGAUAGUAAGUUUAUUUUCAUCAAUUUAGUAUA